AUGGUGGCAUUAUUCCAUGAUAUGAUGCAUAAGGAAAUUGAAGUCUACGUGGAUGAUAUGAUUGCCGAAUCUAGAACCGAGGGGGAACAACUCGUUAACUUGCGAAAGUUGUUUGAACGACUACGUAAGAACCAACUAAGAUUGAACCCCGCCAAGUGUACUUUCGGGGUCAAGUCAGGAAAGCUACUCGGCUUCAUCGUAAGUCAGAAGGGGAUAGAAGUGGAUCCCGACAAGGUGAAAGCCAUCCUUGAAAUUCCUGAACCGCUCACUGAAAAGCAGGUGAAUUACUCUCUGCUAGAAAGGACCUGUUGUGCCUUGGUGUGGGCGGCCCAUCAUCUAAGGCAGUACAUGCUAAGCCACACCACCUGGUUGGUGUACAAGAUGGACCCAGUCAAGCCUCUCAAUGACUACCAGCAUUUGCAUUCAGAGUUUCCGGAUGAAGACAUCAUAGUCUUGUUCGAGGAGAAGGUGGAGGAUAAUGACAGGGAUAAGUUGAUCAUGUGGUUCGACGGCGCGUCCAACGCCCUAGGCCACGGGGUUGGGGCGGCUUUGGUCUCUCCCGACAAGCAAUGCAGCCCCUUCACGACAAGAUUGGGUUUCAAUUGCACAAAUAAUAUGGCUGAAUACGAGGCAUGCGCCCUUGGAAUCCAAGCGGCAAUUGACUUUAACAUCAAAUUGCUCAAAGUGUACGGAGAUUCGGCCUUGGUAAUUCACCAGCUGUGGGGAGAAUGGAAAACUAGGGAUCACAAAUUGAUACCCUAUCAGGCCUACAUCAAGAAACUAGCCGAGUUCUUCAAUGAUGUCUCCUUCCACCACGUUCCCAGAGAGGAAACUCAGAUGGCUGAUGCGCUUGCCACUCUAGCAUCCAUGUUUCAGCUAACCUCACAUGGAAACUUGUCGUACAUCGAGUUCCAAUGUCACGGCAAGCCCGCACAUUGCUGCUUGAUAGAAGAGGAGCAAGACGAUAAGCCGUGGUACUUCAACAUCAAGCGGUACAUAGAGUAUAAGGAGUAUCCACAGGGGGCUUCUGACAAUGACAAGAGCACGUUGCUUGCGAAGGUUGUCAGUUGGUUUCCUUUAAAGCGGAGGUAUCCUAUACAAACAAAAUCAUGA